AUGCGGUUGACAGCUCGACUCUUCUCGACUCCGGUCACCCCUCAAAAUCUGCUGUCGAAGAACACAUUGGCAUUGCUACCCCCGAUUCCGCUCUACCGUCGCAUUCUACGUGCUCACAGACAUUUACCUGCCGAGCAGCGGGCACUCGGUGACCAUUACGUGAGGGAUGAGUGGAGAAAGCACAAAGAUGUCGAAAAUCCGGUGCAUAUCAUUGCAUUUUUGACUGAAUGGCAACUAUACGCUCAGCAUCUUGAAGGGGAGACUUGGAGGGAUGCGAAACUGGAUAUGUCUAAAUUGGACAAGAUGAGUGACGACCAAAUCGGCCAGUUGUACGAAUUGAUGAAGAAGGCGAGGAACGAGGAUGACGACUCGUCGUCGUAA